GCUCCGUGGACGAAAUUGAAAUAAACGUUUGAAUUGUUCUCUUCCUAAUACCACUGUGGAGUCGACAGGGGAAGACUUUCUCUUGAUUUAGUCGCUUUACAGUCCAAGUCAGAUAAAACAUCCAGGAUGGGGGACCGUAUCGAGCUAGAGAUAACUCCAGAGACUCCGGGCAGGCCUUCCAUAAGAAACCCCUUUGAGAGUCCAAAUGAUUACCACCAUCUCCGGGAACCCUUGGUUCCAAGCCCAUCUGUUUUUAAAUCCAAGUCCUGUAAAGCUACCCCUCCAAGAUUUAACUGGUCUAUUGAUGAAAUGGCCAGCCUUCUCCCAGUGCACAUAGACCCAGAAGAAAUCCAGCGACAGUCUUUUUACCUCAGCCAGACAAGGACCGAUUCUGAUGUUGAAGAAAAAUUUCAGAGUGCUAUUGAGCAGUUUUUUACCAAAGGAGCCAUAGUGCCUUCUCCUUGGGCAGCAGCAGAAACUCGCAGAGCCCCUCAUAUUUAUAAGAAAAGUCCCUUGUCUGAAACAGCUGCAGAACAGACAGAAAAAAUCUCAGUUGGUUGCCAGACGGUCCUUUCGCUGCCUUCAACAUUUGAUUUGGAAAAACUACUUGGAGAAUAUUACCGUAACGAUGAGGCUUGUGAUGCAGUGCAGGAGAGCCUCAGUUCCUCCUCCUUGAGGAGAAAACUCUUUCUCGAUGGACAGUUUAGCUACAGCAGCUCUGACAGCUCCACUCCACCGAGUCCAGAAAGAGCUCAUGUCCGAGCUGAGAGGCUUCCUACCAAAAGACAAGGAAGCGGACCGAGACCCAUGUGCUCUGAGGGAGAAAAUCCAGUUUUUUCUUCUCCUUUGUCAUGCGGGAUCUCUGCCCCGACUCCUUCUACUGGCCAGUUCUCCUCUAGUCCUAUCCAACAUGGCUGCAUCAGGGACUGUAGCCUUGGCAGUAUUGGCAGCCCUCUGUUUCCUGAUAGAUCAUCUCCUGCUGGCCAUGGUUCCCCAACAAUCUCUCCAAUUCUUGCUGAUUUUGCACACACUCCUGUAGGCUCAGUUGAAAGAAAACAGCGAUGCAACGUGACCCCACUGUCUAUUCCCCUGGAUGUAGAUGUCAGCUCCUGCAACGAGAGUCCCUUUGUUGAAGGUUGCUCUCCAAUUCGUAGCUGCUCCCCACACCAGCUCCAACAUCACAAGGAGCCUCCGCGCGUCUCCAGAACCAAACCUAGAGUCCGUGUCUGGGCUUCCCCUCCACUCAUUUCUCCAAUUCUCAACCCAAAGCUGCAAGACAGUCAAGAGCCAGAAGAACACCAACAUUCAGACUCUCCAUCUUUUCUUCCCUCUAUGGAUUUUGAUCCAUCCUUCCCUCAGUGUCAGGACCUUCACCCAACUAAAAGUGACAGAGUUUAUGUGGAUACUGUGGAACAUACAAAAAUGGAAGAGGAUAAGGAAAUGGGCAAGGAAGAGGAGGAGGAGGAAGAAGAUGAGCGACCCUCGGGACAGCUGACCAGCUCUCGCAUGGGCAAUGUGUCUGGGACAGAAAGCUCUCAGAUGUUUCUGUCACUUUUGGCAGAAGGAAGCAGCAUCCGCUAUGACUCCAGCAUGCAGGUGGAUAGCGGCUAUAACACUACCUCAGCAGGCACUGCUAGCCUCAUUGACGGCCUAGGCUCUGACCUUCAGAGCAAAGAGUCCCUGAACUCUAACAUGGUGGAAGAAGCUAUCCCUAUUAUUCGACACACAAAAGUUAAGGUCUUGUAUUCACACCACUGAGUUUUUUGCUUCUCUGCGACGGACUCUUCAAGAGGAAGAAAGUUUUUUUUCCCCCUAAGUUUAAUUAAGAGUAUGAUUUUUUUUUUUGUGGUGAAACUUGAAUGUUUUGAUGUAUUUUUAUUGGAAAGGUUAAAAGUGUUUGACUUUUGCAAAUGCUUUUUUUGUAUACUUGAUGCCAGUCUCAGAACUAGCCUUGCUGUAAGAUACUGAAGAUUAUUACUUUACAUCAGCAGUCAUUUUGUAUUCAAUUACUGGUGUAAAUAAAAGAGGAUCAAAAAUAUUAAUUCUGUAUUUUAAAUUCCACAACGGUAAAAUGCUUGUAAAAUGCCAGUGUCUUUUUUUAAAUUUUUUUUAUAUAUAUAUAUUUAGUGUUGAAAUGACAAAACCCUUGAAUACCAACUAAGGUGGGAGAAAUUUUAUGCUUUCUUGAUGUUUAAGGAAAAGUUUUUAUCAUGUUUUUAUUCCAUGUAUGAUUGAGAGGUUAAAUAAUUCCGAUUAUCUGUGGAGAUCAUUGAUAUUUUCCAAGUUCUACAGUAAUCAUACAGCAUUAUAUGUCAAGAGACAUGGAGCAGGGACUUUUUAAAAGCUUUUUUUUAAUCCAAGAAACUUGAGAAUUUCUUUUUAAGCUGCUCUGUGCCAUAGUAACUGAUGGUUUUUCACAAAUGCUGUGGUGAAUUCAAGGGGUUUCUUUGAAACGAAGCGUUUAGUUGAUGUGUUUUCAAAUAAACUCUGCAGUCCUUCAACUCA